AUAAAAUCAACAACAUUCACAUAUCAAACAGUUGUUUCUGCAAAUUGCUUUGUAGGUUUGGAAGUGAAGCAACAUAACAUUCCCCAUCACUUCAAAAAUGAGCUGGCAUGCACAUAACACUCGCUUGCUGCUUUUAUCUUGCUUCUUGCUUUCAUGUUCCGUUGUGUUUUGUCAACUGUCCAAAUACCAAGAUAUCACCAUGAUCACUCUCUCUAAGCUCCUUAACAACACUACUUCACCAUGGGAUGCUACUAAGGAGCCAAACCCAUGUUCGUGGAUUGGAGUUAGAUGCAGUCCUGACAACACACGGGUAACCCAUCUUUUCCUAUCUGGCAUCGGUCUCUCCUCUUCUGAUUUUAUACCUGUUAUUUGCAAGAUCGAGUCUCUGCAGUGGCUUGAUUUCUCGAACAACCUAUUGAGCUCAAUCCCAGAUGAGUUCAUCAAUGUUUGUGGACAGAUUUCGGAGUUGCAGACUUUGAGUUUUAGUCAUAACUCUCUAGUUGGUCCUUUGCCUACUUUUCAUGGUUUUGAAGGAUUAGAAACCUUGGAUUUGUCUUGUAACUCUAUGAGUGGUAAUAUUAGUUUACAGUUAGAUGGGUUUCGUUCACUCAAAAGCUUGAAUCUUAGUUCCAAUAAGUUUAAUGGGCAUGUUCCCAUAAACCUUGGGAAAUCCAUGAUGUUGGAAGAGCUUCAGCUUUCAGUGAAUUCUUUCCAGGGUUCCAUCCCGUCGGAAAUAGUGAGUUAUCAGAAUUUGCACAGGAUUGAUCUUAGUGCAAAUCAGCUUUCGGGGUCUAUUCCUGAUGUACUUGGAAACCUAACCUACUUGGAAGUUUUGGUUCUGUCUUCCAAUAAGUUAGGUGGGGAGAUCUCGACAAGCCUUUCAAAUAUUCAAACCCUGCAGCACUUUGCAGCAAAUGAAAACAAUUUCUAUGGCGGAGUUCCUUGUGGACUUACAAGGUUUCUUACGUAUUUAGAUCUUAGUUAUAACAGGUUAGCUGGGCUGAUACCACCGGACUUUCUGUCACAGCCGAAUGUGCACACUUUGGAUUUGUCUUAUAACAUGUUGGAGGGUUCAAUCCCAGCAAAUGUAUCUCGAGACUUGGUUAUUCUAAAAUUGGGAAGCAAUAGAAUGAAUGGCUCAAUCCCUGUUUCAUUUGAAGCACUAACAAAUCUAACUCAUUUGGAGCUGGAAAACAAUAGUUUGACUGGUGUGAUACCUCCCCAAUUGAGUUCUUGUGGAAGCUUAGUGGUGUUGAACUUGGCACAGAAUAACCUAAUUGGUGCAUUACCAGCAGAAUUGGAUGGUCUUUAUUCACUUGAAGUCAUGAAACUCCAAUUAAACAAAUUGAGUGGCUUGGACAACCUGGAUUAUUUGAACUUGCAAGGUAACAAUCUCAGCGGUUCAAUCCCUGAUAGUAUGCCUUCUGUGGUUGAACUACAACUUGGACAAAAUCAACUGAGUGGGAGGAUUCCAAAGAUGCCAGUGAGGUUGCAGACUGUCUUAAAUCUCAGCAGCAACCUCUUUGAAGGACCUAUUCCAAGCGAUCUUUCCCAGCUGAUGGGUUUGAAAGUCUUGGACCUCUCGAACAACAAGUUCUCGGGUGAGAUUCCUAUUCUUUUUACUCAAAUGGCUACCUUGACAGAGCUGAUACUUUCCAACAAUCAGCUAUCUGGAGUCAUCCCAGUAUUUCCACCACGGGUUUCGAUAAAAGUAACUGGAAAUGUUGGCCUAGUUGACACUUCCGAGAAAUUGGCAAGAAAGAAAGGAAGACAAAUUGGUGUGACCAUUAUAGUUGGAGCGGGAGCCUCCUUCCUUAUCUUUUUUCUUUUUUUCUUCUUGCUUUUGCUAGGUAAGCAAAAAAGAAACUGAACUCGAACAAUUUCUGUCGCGAGAUGACACGAAAACGGGAGGGGGAUCUGCUGUGUUUUGUUUUCCUGUGUAACAGAAGUUUGCAGUUUACUUGUUAGUGUUUGUAUAGUGUAGUUUUAAAAUAUAUUAAAAUAAUUGUUGUUUUAAAAUAUAUUAAAAUAAUAUUUUUUUAUUUUU